AUGGGAAGAGACGCACGUGAGCAUUUUUGGAAUAGCAAUGUAAUAAUUAAUAAUAAUAAUAAUAAUAAUAAUAAUAAUAAUAAUAAUAAUAAUAAUAAUAAUAAUAAUAAUAAUAAUAAUAAUAAUAACAAUAAUAAUAAUAAUAAUAAUAAUAAUAAUAAUAAUAAUAAUAAUAAUAAUAAUAAUAAUAAUAAUAAUAAUAAUAAUAAUAAUAAUAAUAAUAAUAAUAAUAAUAAUAAUAACAAUAAUAAUAAUAAUAAUAAUAAUAAUAAUAAUAAUAAUAAUAAUAAUAAUAAUAAUAAUAAUAAUAAU